AUGUUUAAAAUUAAAUCAUUAUUAUUUGCUUCGCUGUUGGUUGUAGGCUGUUUAGUGAUCAAAGGGUCAUCAGCUGACUCUGGUUGUAAGCUAUUGUCUGAAGGUAACUACUAUGACUUUAGUGCAUUAGCAAAUCAAGAUUCUUGGUCUAUCUUGGGUUCCGAUAAUUUCUACUAUUACUUUAAUAUAUGUGCUGCUUCAGCCAAGUGUGCAGUAACAGGUACAAAUAGCGCUGUGUGUCAGUAUUACAGGCCUUAUACACUUACCUUUAAUCUUGGUGUAGCCAAUCAAACAAUUUCUCCACUCGACAAUGGUGUUCAAGGUGGUUCAAUUAAAUACUAUGAUGGAGAUGUGUGUCCAAAUGGAACUGUUAGAUCCACUGAGAUUAUGAUGUUGUGUGGAACUGGAAAUACUCAGGUAUUAAGUGUUGAAGGUGUAUCUUAUUGUCAAUAUUUAAUUAAAAUGAGCAGUCCAUUGGCAUGUCCAAUUACAAAGCCAACCACAGCUUCAACUACUGGUGGUAGUGGUGCAUUCUCGACAACAGGUGGUAGUACAACCGAUCAAAACAUUAUCACAACAACUGGAAGUAUCACAAACAAGGGUGUUUCUACAACAGGUACCAUCGGUACCAGUUCUGGUCGUAUCUCAACAAGCGGGGGUAUCUAUUCCAAUCAAUAA